CUUAAAAUCUGUGAAAUCCAUUGCUGACGGCGAGUCUUCAAGCUGAAACUCUGACUCUGCCACAGACAUAGCGUCGCCUGUUGAACGUUGCCGGGGUUGAGUGCUUUGGUUUCACGGUCACACUGAGUAAGUGUCCGGGGACAGCUGAGUGCGGCUCCCUCCCACUUGCCACCAACGUUGGUUGCCCUGACGCCACUUUACUGAAUCCGCAGCCAAGAGGCGGCUCCUCACUCGUCGCCGCCGCCCCCGCUGACAUCUUUAACUUUCGGGUUUCAGGAGGAGGGUUUAAACAGAGGCGAGUGGGGCUCAAGCUGAGAGACACUGCGGCCCGGGACCCUGCUCCGGGGCGCUGACAGGAGCGAGAAGUCAAGGGGAGCCCAGAGAUGGCGUUGGGCAGCGCCUUCCCGCUGGACGCAGCCACUUUGCUGAUCCUCGGCGCCCUCUCCCUCUUGCUCCUCCUUUACUUUCGCCGCGGCUCUACGUGCCAUGGAGCGCUCAACCUGCCCCCGGGACCCCCUUGUCUGCCCAUCAUCGGUCACCUGCACCUGCUGGAUCUGAAGAAGCCCCACGAGAGUCUCAUGGAGCUGUCUGAGAAGUACGGUCCUAUCUUCAGCAUCAAGCUUGGAACCAUGAAGGCUGUGGUCCUGACCGGCUACGAGACCGUGAAGGAUGCUCUCAUCAAUCAUCCCGAUGAGUUUGGAGGAAGAGGUCGCAUCCCAAUAUUUGAGGUCACAUCAAAGGGUCAUGGCAUCAUCUUUGGUCAUGGGGAAUCGUGGAAGCAGAUGCGAAGAUUCACCAUAUCCACUCUGCGGGACUUUGGAAUGGGCAAGAAAUCUAUCGAAGAUAAAAUCAUUGAAGAAACACAUUUCCUCAUUAAAAUGUUUGAAUCGUACGAAGGCCAAGAAUUUAAUCCAACCAUCAAGUUAAACAUUGCUGUGGCCAAUAUAAUCUGCGCAAUAAUUUUUGGUGACAGAUUUGAUUACGAUGAUGAAAAGUUCAUUAGUUUGGUGAAGGGAGUGAAUGAAAGUGUGCAACUUGCUGGAUCUCCGAUGGUGCAGCUCUACAAUGCAUUUCCCAUACUGGGAUUUCUUCCUGGUUCUCACAAGAAAUUGUUGCAACAUGAAGGAUUAAUUACUGGAUUCAUCAAAAAGAUUAUGAAUGAAAAUGAUGAGAAACUAGAUGCAAAUGACACAAGGAGCUUUAUUGAUGCCUUCUUGUUAAAACAGCGGCAGGAGUCGGGUAAUCCAAACACAUAUUUCCAUGAAAACAACCUGUUAUUCACGGCAUCCAACCUGUUUGGUGCUGGGAUGGAGACGACUUCAACCACACUUCGUUGGGCCAUGCUGCUGAUGAUGAAGUACCCCCACGUACAGGAGAAAGUUCACGAGGAAAUCAGCAGUAUCAUUGGGUCAGAACGGUCGCCCAGAGCUGAAGAUCGGACGAGUUUGCCCUACACCAACGCGGUGAUCCAUGAAGUCCAGAGGUUUGGCAACAUUGCGCCAAUGAACCUCCUGCAUUCAACAACAGCGGACGUAAACUUUAAAGGCUAUUUCAUCCCAAAGGACACUCCCGUGAUCCCAUUACUGACCUCGGUGCUUUUCGAUAAAACUCAGUGGGAAAACCCGAGAGCCUUUAACCCUUCCAACUUUCUGGAUGCUGAUGGGAAGUUUGUGAAGAGAGAUGCUUUUGCUCCUUUCUCCAUGGGACGCAGGGCCUGUGCUGGAGAAUCCCUGGCCAGGGUGGAGCUCUUCCUGUUCUUUACCAUUCUGGUACAGAAGUUCCGGUUUCAAGUCCCCCCGAAUGUGAACAAUCUGGAGCUUGUGUCCGGUGUGGGCAUCACAUCAUUCCCAAAAUACCAAAACGUGUGUGCUGUGCGUCGCUGAUGUCAACACAUCCUUUGACAGAAUAAACAUUUUUGGCAAGGGAAAUCUGUGAGAAAACA